AUGAUAGCUGUGGAUGCCACUCAUUUAAAAUCCAAGUACAAGGGUGUUAUGUUUGUAGCAAAUGCAUUCGAUGGUAAUCGAAAUAUAUGUACUCUUGCUUUUGGGAUCAGGGAUUUGGAGAUGGAUGUAUCAUGGCAUUGGUUUUUCACUAAACUUCAUGAAGCCAUUGGUGAGUGUCCCAAUCUUGUUAUUAUUUUUGAUCGCAAUGUUAGCAUAGAGAAUGUGUGGAACAAAGCUGCGAAAUCUUAUUCCAUUGCUGAAUUUGAUUGUCAUUUUAGCAAGAUCAAGCGAAAGGAACAUGUUGCUCAAUAUCUUGAAGAGGCAGGGUUACAUAAGUGGUCUAGAGCUGACAUGGAUGGACACCGCUACAAUGUAACGACAACAAAUAUUGCGAAGUCAAUCAACUCAGUCCUUAGGUUUGCAAGGAUGCUGCCAUUAGUUCAUUUGAUAGGGGAAAUUAUUAAUCUCCUUAUGAAAUGGUUUACCAAACGUCGUGAGUUGGGUUUGAAUUGCAUAACAACAUUGUGCCCUAAUUUUGGAGAGAAGAAGUUGAGGAAUAGGUUGGAGGAUGCUGCAAGGAUGAAUGUCGUUAAACUAAAUAACGCACAGUUUAAUGAUUUGGACGGUGGUGUGGACGGCCUCAUAGAUUUGACGAACAAUAGUUGUAGUUGUAGAAAGUUUCAGCUUGAGCAGCUACCUUGCAACCAUGUAGUUGUAGUUUGCCACUUCUUGAAAGUAAAUGUAUACUCGAAGGCUUCUCGGUAUUACACUCAGAAAACAUGGAUGAAUGCUUAUUCAGAUAGCAUCUAA